CAUGGCUCUGGAAGUAGUGGGUGAAGCUUUUCUCUCUUCUGCUCUUGCUGUUCUGUUUCAUAGAAUGGCUUCCCGGCCGGUUGUUGAUUUCAUUCAAGGAAAGAAGAACACCACUGAGCUGCUCUACAAGUUGAAGAUGAAGUUGCUGUCGGUUAAUAAGUGGCUUGAUGAUGCAGGGGAGAGGCUAAUCACAGACCCUAGAGUCAGGGAGUGGCUUGAUGAGCUUAAAGAUGUUCUCUAUCAUACCGAUGACCUUCUGGAUGACAUCAAGUCUGAAGCUCUGUGUUGCAAGCUGGAACAAGAAGAUGCUGGAAGCAGUAGCAAGAAAAGUCAGGUACUCAAGUACUUCCGUUCCUUUUCUGUUAAUGAAUUUGAGAAAAGUCUGGAAACCAGGAUACUAGAGAUUCUUAACAGAUUAGAACUUAUUGUCAACGAAAAAGAGGUGCUUAAUUUGAAAGAGGGUGUAAAAGGGAGAACACAUGCAAGACUGCCUACAACUUCUUUGGUUGAAGAGUCUAGUGUUUAUGGAAGGAAUGAAGAAAAGGAGGCCAUUAUCAAGUUUUUGCUUGCGGAUGAUGUAUCUGGAAAUAAGACGGAUGUUCUUCCAAUUGUGGGCAUGGGUGGGAUGGGCAAGACCACUCUUGCCCAACUCGUAUACAACAAUGACAGAGUCGAAAAACAUUUUGACCAUCACUCAUGGGUGUGUGUGUUGGAAGGAUUUGAUAUCACCAAAAUCACACAGUCCAUUUUCCGGUCGGUGAGUUCAGAGGCUUGGGAUAUGACCGACCUCGACAUUCUUCAAAGGAAACUAAAGACUUCAUUGGCAGGAAAGAAAUUUCUCAUUGUUCUUGACGAUGUUUGGACUGUGACUGAUAUGGAGUGGGAUCUAUUCAGCCAACCCUUUGCUAGUGGAGCUAUUGGAAGUAAGAUCAUUGUGACAACACGGAUUGAAGGUGUGGCGUCCACUAUUGGUACCCUGCAAAGUCAACAUCUUUUGCAGUUAUCUGAGGAAAGCUGCUGGAUGGUGUUCUCAAAAUACGCAUUCAAAAACGCAAAUCCAUCACUUGAAGUGAUUGGGAAGCAGAUUGCUCAGAAGUGUAAAGGUGUUCCCUUAGCUGCAAAAUCACUUGGGAGUCUUUUACGGUGUGAACCAAGUAUUGAGAAAUGGAAAGAGAUAUUGGCCAGUGGCAUAUGGGAGUUAAAAGAGAAAGACAUUUUGCCUGCUCUGUGGUUGAGCUACCAUUAUCUACCUCCACAUCUGAAACGUUGUUUUGCUUACUGUUCGAUAUUUCCUCAGGAUUAUGAAAUACGCAAGCCGAAACUGAUUUUGUUAUGGAUGGCUGAAGAUCUCUUACCCUUGAAAUCGAAGACUGCGGUUGAAGAAGUCGGAGAUCAAUACUUUGAUGAACUAGUGUCAAGGUCUUUUCUUCAACCUGGUUAUGAUGAUUCUAUUUUUCUAAUGCAUGAUCUCAUCCACGACUUGGCAAACUUUGUCUCGGGGGAGUUUACUGUUAGGUGGGAGGGCGAUGACUCAGUACUGGAAAGUGUCGGCAAGACUCGCCACUUUUCGUGUUUAACUGGCAGUUUUGAUCAAUGGGACAGUUUGUAUGAAGCCAAGUAUUUGAGGACCUUGAUUUCAUCAUGGUAUAAGCGGUCCCGGUAUAAGCACCCGAUAAGUCCCGACUUAGAUUCUCUAUUCCUGAAGCUCCAGUGUUUAAGAAUGCUCAAUUUAAAUGGUGACGGUAUUGUUGAGCUGCCUAGUUCGAUUGGCAAGUUGAAGCAUCUAAGGCACUUUGACUUGUCUUUCACAGAGAUUAAAAAGUUACCCGAUGAGAUUUGUACUUUAUAUAAUUUACAGACGUUAUUGUUGUGGUGCUGCAAAUCUCUUAUUGAGCUGCCAACUGAAUUGGGAAGAUUAGUAAACUUGCGUCAUCUUGAUAUUCAAUACGCAAACAUUAAGCAGAUGCCAACAAGAAUGGGGAAAAUGAAAGAUCUCCGAACACUGAGAGGUGAAUUUGUCCUGGACAAACAUACUGGUGGUAAUAUUGUGGAGAUUAAAGAGCUUCAGCAGUUAAGAGGAACACUUUGGAUCUCAGGGCUUCGCAACAUUAUGCACGUCCCAGAUGCCUUGGAGGCCAAUCUGAGAAAUAAGAAGCAUCUGGAAGAACUAGUUCUGGACUGGGGAGGCAGGUCUGGUGAGGCGGACGAUACACAAUAAGAGAGAAAUGUGCUGGAGAAACUCCAACCUCAUACAAACCUUAAGAAACUGACUGUUCGAUCUUAUGGUGGCACAAGAUUUCCAGGUUGGAUGGAAGAUCAUUCUAAUUUGGUUGGUCUUGAACUUCUGGAUUGCGGAAAUUGUUGGUGCAUGCCAUCAUUCGAGCAGCUACACUCCCUCCAAGUGCUUGAGAUUGAAGGAUUUAAUGGAGAGGUGACUGUGGGUU